AUGGAAGACGAUAUGUGGGCAGUUUCUUCUUCUGGUUCUUCAAUAAGCCAUCGAUCAGCAACAGCUGCUAAGUACCAAUCUGGUUCUUAUCUAGAUGCGGAAGAGUUUGAAGAAGACGAUGAUAUAGCAAUGGAAUACCCAUGUCCGUUUUGCGCGGAUGAUUAUGAUUUGAUUGAAUUGUGUCACCAUAUCGACGAAGAACAUCAGCUUGAAGAUACUCAUGGGAUAUGUCCGGUCUGUAGCAAAAGGGUGAAGAUGCAUAUGGUGGAUCACAUAACCACACAUCAUAGAGAUAGAGUUUACAGUGAACAGAAGGAUUCAUCUUACAUGGAAGAUCCAUAUUCAUCGGAUAAAUAUAUUGAACCUCUUCUUGAUGACUUGCCGCCAUCUAUGAAUCAUCAUCAUACCACCUACAAGUCCGCUGUUGCGGAACAGUUUUUAUCGUUCAUCAACAAUUCUCCAUUGCAGAAUCAGACCGAGAAUGUGCAGCCUGAUUCAAGUGUAGAUGACAUGAAGUCGGUUAAGGAUUCUCCUAUAGAAGAAGACAAGAAAGUGUCGCCUCCUCUAUCAGAUUCUGAACAGUUGGAGAAGGCGAAGAAGUGUGAGUUUGUACAGGGACUUCUGUCAUCAGCUAUGUUCGAUGAUGGAUGUGACUUCUUCUGA